CUAUGCCAGCAAUUAUGACAAUGUUAGCGGACCAUGCAGCUCGCCAGCUGCUGGACUUCAGCCAGAAACUUGAUAUUAACCUGUUGGACAAUGUGGUGAAUUGUUUGUACCAUGGAGAAGGAGCACAGCAGCGAAUGGCACAAGAAGUUUUGACACAUUUAAAAGAACACCCAGAUGCCUGGACAAGAGUUGACACUAUUUUAGAAUUUUCACAGAACAUGAACACCAAAGUAAGAAAGGCGUUGCUCUGCCACAGUUCAUUUGCUUGUUAUCUGAAGUUGCAGAUGGAAAAUGAUUGA